GCAAGGAUGGUGAAAAGCUAAUUUCCCCCAAAGAGGAAUUCUACCUCUGGACCCGGGAAGCGAACGAGUUUGGGACUGGACUGGGAGAGGUCCUGGAAGUAAGGCCAUCUUCCCACCGUAAACUAGGCACACUUGAGUUUCUAGACGCAGUAGGUUUGCCUGACAUAACUCCUGUCCAAUUGGCCCUCCCAGCUCAUAGUGGCCAGUGCAGCUUCAAGUUCCAGGGUGGGGGAGGGUCCAGAGGGUGGUGCCUUGGAACCUGUUUGUGACGUCAGCGCCACGCCCACUAGCCUCACACCCUCUCACCGCCCAAGCUGCCUCCCUCCUAGUCCAGAGAGACAGGAGUGGGUGAUGGGUUCCCGCUGUGCCAAGCUCAGCACUGGCCAUGGCACGGCCCAGAACACAGGUCACAGCCGUGGCCACGAGUCCUCCAUGAAGAAGCUCGUGGCCUGUGUGAGUCAAGACAACUUCUCCCUGUCAUCAGAGGGCGAGGAGGAAGAGGAAGAUGAGGAGGAAGAGGAAGAGGAGGAUGAGGUGGAAGAGGAAGAGGAGGAGCAGAUACCGGUGAAGGGCAAGCUGCUGCUGCUGGGGCCCGAGAAGCAGGAGAGUACUGAGGACAAUGCCGUGGCCCAGCCAAGCCCCGAGCCCAAGCAGAAGCACUCCUGACCCAUCCUGAGGCCUGUCUGGUGAUGGGUGCCCAUCGCCACUCCAGAGGAAGAGGACAUUCAGAAAAUAAAGAGUCUCCAAGGAA